UGAAUUUAUAACGUAAAUCUCCGGUUAAAAGUGAAAGUGCAGUGUUUAUUUUCUCAACAUUUCGUUAAAUAUACAUAGUUACGUUCCUGGCUAACUGUUUAGCUAAAUUGUCGCUAUCAACAUUCAUUCAACUGGAGCUUUUCUAACGACGUUGCAAAAAUGAGCCGCCUGUUCAGUACUGGUUCUGCCCUCAGCGCGACUGCAAGCAAAAUGGUUAGCAAUUUCCGGAAAGUGACCCAUUGCAUCUUCGACAUGGAUGGAUUGCUGCUGGAUACAGAGAAAAUCUACGAAAAAAUGUUACGGGAAAUAAUCAAAUCGUACAACGCGACCUAUCCGUGGGCUACCCGGCUUAAGGUCCUCGGUACGACCGAGCAGAGAACCGUCUCGAUCAUAGUGAACGAUCUGAAGCUGUCCUGUACAGUGGAUGAGUUUUUGAAAAAGUUCCGUGAGAAACAGCUAGUGGAUCUCGACGGCGCUCCUCUCAUGAGAGGUGCCGCACGUUUGAUACACCAUCUGCAUCAGCACAACAUUCCCAUCGCGGUGGCCACUAGCUCGAGUGCAGACUCGUACGAGGUAAAGACCCGGAAACACCUGGAACUGUUCGAUCUCUUCCACCACAAGGUAACCGGCUCAUCCGAUCCGGAGGUGAAGCAAGGCAAGCCGGCUCCGGAUAUAUUUCUGGUAGCAGCCUCUCGGUUUCCCGCAAAACCUACACCAGAAGAGUGCCUUGUUUUCGAAGACGCCCCGAAUGGCGUGACCGCCGGACGGGCAGCUGGAAUGCAGGUGGUAAUGGUACCGGAUCCACAUAUCGACGAAGAACAGCGAAAGCAUGCAACGGUGGUGCUAAACUCCCUCGAAGAAUUUCAACCGGAACUAUUUGGACUGCCCGCCUUCAAGUAGGAUAUCGAGAUCCUAUCGAUCGAUUGCUUCUCCUAGUAGGGUAAGAGUUUUUUUAAGCGACGACGUGUGAGCUGUUCUCGUUUCGUCUCGAGUGCUGACGUCGGCGUUUGUUAGCUACGUACAAAGUAAGAAUAUGAUCGAACUACCCAUUAAAAACGGCAAUUAUAGAUGUAAUAAUAUGAAUAUUUUAAUGUGACUAAUGGAAUACGGCUUUGCCAG